CACACUCCGCCUUAGCCCUCGAGCAGUGGUGGACGCACCCAAGUUCCCUCCGGGCUGCAAGCCUGAGCAGCCACGCACUCGCCUAGUGCUGCUCCCCCGAGAUGGAAAUCCCGCCGACUCACUACCCAGCCUCCCGGGCGGCCUCGGUGGCGGAGAACUGCAUCAACUACCAACAGGGGACCCCCCACAAGGUAUUUCUGGUGCAGACAGUCAAGCAAGCCAGCAUGGAGGAUAUUCCGGGAAGAGGACAUAAGUAUCGCCUUAAAUUUUCUGUGGAAGAAAUUAUCCAAAAACAAGUUACAGUGAACUGCACAGCUGAAGUACUUUACCCUCCAGUUGGACAAGAUACUGCACCAGAAGUUGACUUGACAUUUGAAGGAGAAAUUGGAAAGAACCCAGAUGAAGAAGAUAACACAUUUUAUCAAAGACUCAAGUCCAUGAAGCAACCACUAGAAGCACAAAAUAUUCCAGACAGUUUUGGUAACAUACCUCCAGAAAUGAAGCCAGUUCGACAUUUAGCCUGGGUUGCCUGCGGUUAUAUAAUAUGGCAGAAUUCUACCGAAAACACAUGGUAUAAAAUGGUAAAAAUUCAAACUGUCAAGCAAGUGCAAAGAAAUGAUGACUUCAUUGAGUUAGACUACACCAUUCUACUUCAUGACAUUGCAUCUCAGGAGAUUAUUCCUUGGCAAAUGCAAGUUCUCUGGCAUCCACAUUAUGGUACUAAAGUAAAACACAGCAGUCGUCUCCCAAAGGAAGCACAGCUGGAAUAGAUGAAGACCCUACCAGGGGAAGACGUGUGAACUUGCUUCUAAGUGAUGUGCAUUCCCAUCUCCACUGAGAUCGACUUAAGAGGUCAAACAAAACCUAAAGUGUCACUUUGUAUAAAUGUCUUGAUUAUAGUACAGAACUAUACAUAAUCCGUAAUAAAGAGUUUACAUAUAUAAAAGUAAUAGUGCCAUGUACAUUCCGUAAUAAAAAGCUUUAAUUCCA